AUGGCUGACAUGAUUGUAUAUGUUGGCAAAGAAGUGCGAAAGCUCACUGGUACUUAUCAGACCCUUCAAGCUACGCUUAUGGAUGCGGAGGACAGACAAGUGAAGGGUAAUGUUGAGAAAAAUUGGCUAGAUAAGCUUAAAGAUGUAGCGUACGAAAUUGAAGACGUGUUGGAGGAGUGGAACACAGCAAUCGGAAAAUUACAAAUUAAGGAAGCUGAAAAUGCUUCCAAGCCUUUGAGAAAGGUAUGUCACCUCAUCUCAUACUAUCUCUGUUAUUGUAGUCGAGCUGCUUUUCGUUUUGACAUUGCUUUCAAGAUUGAAAUUCUUAACCGAAAAUUAGAUCUUAUUGGUACGGACAAAGCGAUGUUCCAUGUUAGAUUUAAUGAAUACACUGAAAAUCUUGAGCGACCAGUGACCACCUCUUUGGUUGAUGUAUUAGAGGUUUGUGGGAGAGAUCAGGAUAAGAAUACAUUAGUAAACUUGUUGUUGAGCAAGACUAGUCAAGAAGCAAACCUCUCCAUCAUUUCCAUAGUAGGGAUGGGAGGGAUUGGUAAGACAACUCUUGCUCGAAUAGCUUUUAACGAUGAUAAUGUAAAAUCCCACUUUGACAAGAAAAUAUGGGUGUGUGUCUCCAAUCCUUUUGAUGAGAUUAGGAUUGCAAGAGCAGUUCUCAACUCUCUUGACGUUAGAGCAUCAAAUCUAGGUCAACUAGAACCUUUGUUAGAACGAAUCCGCAAGUCUAUUGAAGGAAAUAAGUUUCUUCUAGUCCUAGACGAUAUGUGGAUAGAUAGUCCUAGAAUUUGGGAAGAAUUUAAGCAUUCUCUUAGAUAUGGUUCUCAAGGAAGUAGGAUUUUGGUUACAACUCGUAAGACAAAUGUUGCAAACAUCAUGGGAACGACUAACAUGAUCAAACUAGAGACAUUGUCAGAGGAUGAAAGUUGGUCAUUGUUUAGUCAGGUGGCGUUAUCAGAAAGGAGUGGUGAAGAAUGUGAAAGAUUAGAAAACAUUGGUAGAACAAUUGUAGGCAAGUGCAGGGGCUUGCCACAUGCUAUCAAGACUUUAGGGAGUAUUUUGCGCUUUAAAAGACAUAGUAUAGCAUGGAAAAGUGUCUUAGAUGAUGACUUGUGGAAAGAAGAUGAGAUAGCAAAAGACCUUUUCCUGCCUUUUCUAUUUUGCUAUUAUGAUUUACCCCCUAAGUUGAGAAAUUGCUUUUUAUAUUGUGCCAUCUUCCCAAAAGGCUAUGAAAUAAGGAAACAUAAAUUGAUUGAUCUAUGGAUGGCUCAAGGGUAUCUAAAAAAAGAAAGAAAUGUAGAUAUGGAGAUAGUUGGCGAAGAGUAUUUUGAAACAUUAGCAAUGCGGUCUUUCUUCCGAGAUUUUGAAUUAGAUGGUGGCAUAACAAAGUGCAAGAUGCAUGAUAUAAUGCAUGACUUUGCUCAAUAUCUUGGACAGAAUGAAUGUUUUUCUAUAGAAGUUGAUGGUCAUGUAGUCUCAGGGUUAGAGCUUUCUCAUAGAGGAUCUCGACAUUUAAUAGUAAUAGGGAACUCGAUUCCUAAUUCUAUUUAUAAUGAGAAAGCACUGCGGAGCCUUAUUGUCAAUACUACAGUUGAUAUAGAGGUUAGAGCAGAUCUACCCAAAUUAUUUGACCAGUUCACAUCUCUAAGGUCACUAGAUUUGAGUUUCUUUUCAAUCGAAGAACUUCCAAGAGGAAUACAGAAAUUGGUUCACUUGAGAUACCUUAAUUUAUCUGGAAAUAACAGGUUAAAAGAAUUGCCUAAGGAAUUAUGUGAUUUAUACCAUUUAGAAACCUUAGAUUUCAGUGGUUGUUCAUAUAUUCAGAAGCUACCUCGAAGGAUAGGAAGAUUAAUCAAUCUAAGGUAUCUAAUAAACAUGAAUACUUUUAAUAUUAGUUACAUGCCGAAGGGAAUAGAGAGUUUGACAUGCCUUCGCACAUUAAGUGAAUUCAUUGUAAGUGGGGGUGGCCGCGAUAACAAAGCAUGA